AUGCCUACGAUUGAAGUUCUUCCUGUUGAAUCACUCAGCAGCGAAAAUAACAGUCGUAAAUAUUCAUCCACAACAGAAUUAUUCAAACAUGUAAAAUCAUCAAGUAGUGACCAUCCAAUAAUUACAGAACUGAUUACAAGUGGUUUAAGUGUAUCUAUAGCAAAUCUUAUAACACUACCAAUCGAUGUACUGAAAGUGCGUCUUCAAUUAGCUAAUGCCGCAAUGACAACAUCUCAAUCAAGUAUUAAAGCCGGUCUAAUAGAAACAACAAAAAACGUUUAUCAAAAAGAAGGUAUUCGUGCAUUUUAUUCCGGUUUUACACCAGCAAUUCUUCGUGGACUAUUCUAUGGUGGUGUACGCCUAGGAGCUUAUGGACCGAUAAAAAAUAUGCUUAAACGUCUAGUCAGCGAUGAUAACAAAUCAUCGAUAGUUUUUGCUCGAAAUAUUACAGCGGGCUGUUUAUCAGGCUCCAUGGCUGCUAUUACAUCGAAUCCGAUGGAUUUAUGCAAAACUAAAUUACAAACAAAAAAUACAAUAUAUAAAUCAUCCGCUCAUGUAAUUAAAGAUGUUAUUCAACACUAUGGAGUUAAAGGUUUAUGGGUUGGUACCGUACCGGCAGCUUUUCGAACAGCCGUUUUAACAGCAACACAAUGUGUCACUUAUGAUCAUGCUAAACGAUUUUGGAUAGAACUAACAGGUUGGAGUGAAGGUGUAAAAUUACAUUUAGGUGCUUCAUUGAUAACUGGACUUGUGACUACAACAGUGACAGCUCCCCUAGACACGAUUAAAACCAAUAUGUAUGCAGCUGGUAAAUAUGGUUUUAGUGAACUUACAAAUAAAAUUGUUCAUAAGGAAGGUUUCCGAGGAUUGUUACGUGGUUGGUCAGCUGCAUAUGUAAGACUUGGGCCACAAACAGUUGUCAUAUUUAUUGUCAUGGAAAAAUUACGUCAAUUUUCCGGUCUUUCAGCACUGUAA